CAUGACACUCAUUUCUAACUCUCAUCUGUUCACGCCUUUUUACAUACGGGCCUUUUAUCUGUUUCCCGUAUUAUUUUGGUCAUAAUAGAGGUGGUACGUACUGAAGGGUUUCAUAGUGGUCGGCGCUGUGGCGGAUCGGGUGGAGACCGCCGGUCUGUGGCCCUUAUGGAUAAGCAUAAAGUCAAGAGGCAGAGACUGGAUCGCAUCUGUGAAGGCAUCCGCCCGCCAAUCUUGAACGGGCCGAUGCACCCCCGCCCCCUGGUGGCGCUGCUGGAUGGGCGCGACUGCACUGUGGAGAUGCCAGUCCUGAAGGACGUGGCUACCGUCGCCUUCUGCGACGCCCAGUCCACCCAGGAAAUCCACGAGAAGGUGCUGAACGAGGCUGUGGCCGCCCUCAUGUACCACACCAUCACGCUGUCCCGGGACGACCUGGAGAAGUUCAAGGGGCUGCGCGUGAUCGUCCGCAUCGGUAGCGGCUUUGACAACGUGGACAUCAAGGCCGCCGCAGAGCUCGGCAUCGCGGUGUGCAACGUGCCGUCCUCGUCCAUCGAGGAGACCGCAGACAGCACGCUCUGUUUCAUCCUCAACCUGUAUCGGCGUGUCACCUGGAUACACCAGGCUCUCCGCGAGGGAACACGAGCCUCCGGCGUGGAGCAAAUUCGGGAGGUGGCCGGCGGGGCCGCCCGCAUCCGGGGAGAGACGCUGGGAAUUAUCGGCCUGGGGCGUGUUGGCCAGGCGGUGGCGCUGCGCACCAAGGCGUUCGGCUUCAACGUGAUCUUCUACGACCCGUACCUGCCGGACGGCGUUGAGCGCUCGCUGGGGCUCCAGCGCGUGGCCACGCUGCAGGACCUGCUCAUGCACUCGGACUGCGUGUCGCUGCACUGCAGCCUCAACGAGCACAACCACCACCUGAUCAACGACUUCACCAUCAAGCAGAUGCGACAGGGCGCCUUCCUGGUGAACACGGCGCGGGGGGGGCUGGUGGACGAGAAAGCUCUGGCCCAGGCCCUGAAGGAGGGCCGGAUACGAGGAGCCGCUCUCGACGUCCACGAGACCGAACCUUUCAGCUUCGCCCAGGGCCCCCUGAAGGACGCCCCUAACCUGAUCUGUACCCCGCACACGUCCUGGUACAGUGAGCAGGCGUCGGUGGAAGCCCGGGAAGAGGCGGGCAGGGAGGUUCGGCGUGCCAUCACAGGCCGCAUCCCUGACAGCCUGAAGAACUGUGUGAAUAAGGAGUACUUGAUGGCCACCUCCCAGUGGAUGGGUAUGGACCCGGCGGGGGGGCACACGGAGCUGAACGGAGGCGCUGCUGCCGCCUACAGGUUCCCGGCCGGCAUCGCUGUGACGACGGGUGGCCUGCCGGUGGCGGGAGCCACAGGGGAGGGGAUCGUCUCGGGGGGGCUACCCGUAGCCCACGGCAUCGCCCCCAUCACCCGGCCCCCCCACACCCCAUCGCCAGGGCAACCCUCCAAGGCGGAGACAGAGAGAGACAUGUCGGCUGACCAGUAGCGGACAGUGACAUUCCGUGCCCCGCCCCCUCAUGCCCCGCCCCCAUAUGCCACACCCCCUUAUGCCACGCCCCUCCGCAGGUUGAGUGACACUGACAUGCUGCCCUGCUUCACCCCUUCACACUCCCCGGUCUUCCUCUCACCCUUUCAUUCUGUGGUCACUCCAUCCGUUCUGCCUUUUUGUUACUGCCCCUUUUUUCCCUCCUACCCCACUCCCCCCCCCCCCCCCCCCCAACACCGUGAUAAGCAAUAACAGUUUUCUCAAGGAUUUAGUUGUGUGUGUUGUGUGUGUUUUUUAUUCCCUUUUUUGGCCAUGUCGAGACAUUUCCUCCAGCCGAUGUUCUUAACCACACUGUGUCUGUCGGACUCUGCAGUCGUUUCUCAGGCUAAACUCUAGCAUUCGUUAGUCCAGUAGAAAGGAAAUUCUUCUUCUCAAACUGUUUAAAAAAAGAUCCCUUUAAGUGAGCUUGAUGUUCAGUAACUGCUUGUUUCUUUGUAUGAUUAACAUUUCGUAAUUUGCAACGUUGGACAGUCGGGGCUCUCUUGUGGACACCAGUGAGCUACAAUGUAAUUCUGGGAUUUUUCCUCCCCUACAUUUCAGACCCCCCCCGCUCUAGCAUUGUCCUUUUAAUAUGACGAUUGUGUCUUGCCGGGUCUCUCCCAGAAAACGAAUAGCCACGCUCUCGAUAAACAGACUCCUUUAAGGCAUAUAAGCGGAUAUCACUUCCAGUUCCCUUCACUGUCCUGCCCUUAAGCCGGCGCAACUGCCGAUGGCGCCGGGCUUGUCAGCUCCUUAACGCUCAGCGUGUUCAGUAGGUAUCGUCCGGCCCGGUUGUCCGCGUGGGCCGCGGCUCCGUUUCCGGCGCCGGCUUGACGAGUCGGUGCUGUGUGCCGGUCGCGCCGGAGACCUGCUGUGAUGCCCUUGUGUGAUGCGGCCUUGCGGGCUGUAGUGAUGGGGCAUCUCGAACCUGACAGUCCCGCGUGCUCCGGCGUCCCCGCGAGCUCGCCGGUGGCACCCCUGCUAUCACGGCGGCUCUGACAGCCGGGCCUAUCCAAAGAGCCGCAUGUGUCUGGGCAGCGUGGGUGUCGUGGCGAGAUGCCCGUGGCUGAACAUGCGCUGACAGGCUCGCCGAAGGGGGGGGGCAGUCUCUGUGAUUAACUCGACUCCUACUGUGAACGCUGUCCUGUGACUAAGACCUUCCCAGUACCUCAUUAACAGAUGUUGAAUGUACUUUCAGAUUCUUCUCCUCUUUGUACAGUUUUUUAGAAGCUACAGAGUUCUUUACAAGAUGACUUUGAAAUCAGUAUCUUGUUAUGCUGAUAAUUAUCCAAAAAAAGACAAAAUUUGACUGCAGUUAAUUUUUAAUACAGCAAAUCAUUAUGCACGUUUUAGAAAAUUCACCUGCUCCUCUCAGGUCUUAAGUAGCUUUGUUUUCCUUCGUUAAUUAUUGUUUUUAAUUUCACCUGAUUUAUAAAGCGCCCUCUUGUGGUGGUUGUCUGUUAUCGAUUCCUCCUCGCUGGUUUUGUGUUUGUGGGCGGUGCCAGUGUUUUCUUUUGAGAAAGGGCUCCACGCGACAGGAAGCGCAGAUUGGUCGUGGUGGGAAAAGGCGACCCCUUUGCCGUCUCCCUCUAACGGUCACGGCUGUAGCGAUUCCUGAACCAUACGCUGAGGCCAGUGACAUCUUGUUUUAUUUUUAUUUUUUUUUUGUAGAUACUUGUUACGUUGGCUCCCCUUUUAACGUUUGAAGCAAUUUACUGAUAAAUUAAAAAAUAAAGACAUGGUAAUAUUUCGGAUGUAACGCCUUGAUGGAAUAUGAAAUUCUUUUUUUUAAUGGUAGCGUAGUGUCGUUUCAUUUGGCACGAGCUGAAGUAACAGGGCCUAUCGCUGUUUGAUAAAUACAGAUCUACUUUGGUCGUCACAUUAAACUACCACUACGCCUGUGCGUUGUCAUUAGUUCCGUGUUGUGUGACGCCCGGUGGCCCUGUCAAAUACAUGAAUUUGUUUUCUACUCUGAUUCUUAACCGCCCACGGAACUCCAUUUUUGUUUUUGUAGACCUACAUCUUGAAAUGGCGCCAUCGAUGGUGCUGAUCUAUUUUCGGUACCGUAUGUGUUUUUUUUGAGCUCUUAAUGUUCGUUACAAAAUUCUGUGCUGUGUUUAACAUGUUGUAUUGAAACAUUUCUACUGCUUCUUUGUAUAAGCAGUCUCUCUCUCUCUGUCCUGCGUCGCAUUGCAGCCUUGCCCGCAUGCCACACUUGGUAUCCUUGGUGUCUCGCUCCUUCCCAUCCGCAAGGGCUACAGAGCUUCCCGAUUAUUAUACAGAGGAGAUUGGUAUUUAUAUUUUGAAUCACCCUUCUGUCGCUUGAUAUAAAGAGCAGCUGGCCUAAUUUUGGCGGGUUUACAGGAGUUUAAUCUCCAGUUGGGUUUUGAAGUGCUGUUGUCGAGCCAGCCCCCGCUCCGUUUAGCGAUCCGGACCACACACACCCUCGCCGUCCGUACCUCAAAACCCCCCCUGUGGGUCUUGGAAUACAGGAGGUUUCUGGUUGUUUUUGGGUGCCUUCCACUGGUGCAGUUUCGCAUGACUGCUCUGGCUCUCUCUGACAUGUAUACUGAUAAAAUUUAUACCGAUAGAAAUAUUCUUCACUGGGAAAUAAUAUGCAUUUUAUAAUUUUGUUGUGAGACUUACUGAAAUCUAGAAAUGUUUUUUACAACAUGUGAACAGGGUCUAAAUAAAACUUGUUUUUAAAAACUGAUUUCUGGCAAAAUGUUCCUCUGUUAUGCUUUAAAGGUUUUGUUCGCAUUUUUAUUAGAAAUUCCGGUUUUGUGAUUGUAAUUUCUGCUGUUAAAUAUUUUAAUAAAUGCUUAAAUCUUA